UCUGGAUCCGCCAUUGUUGAAAGUGAAAAUAAUACAAAGUAAGUAAGUGCAACUUGAGCUUCCUUAAGACGGUCAGGGAAGGUUGAUGAUGAUAAUGAUAAAUUAACAAUAUCUGACUGAUUUGAUCUGAUUGAAGAGAGCUAUAUUUCAGGAGAUGACUCGGAAGAAGUGUCGGGUUAGCCAAAGAAGAAAGGGUCAUUUUCGAUUAAAGCAUAAAGUAUGCAUGGUUAGUGACAGAUCCAAAGACAAUUUGAUUACCUCUACAAACAGUCAAAUUAAACUAGAGUGUUCAGAUAAUGAAGUCUACGAUAUUGAUGCAGACAUGGUUAGUGAGAGAUCCGGAGAAAGGUUGAUUACCUCUUCAGCCAGUUCGGUUAAACUAGAAUGUCCAGAUAAUGAAAUCCAUGAUAUUGAUGUACACAUGGUUAGUGAGAGAUCCAAAGACACAUGGAUUACGGCCUCUUCAGACAGUUCAGUUAAACUAGAGUGUCCAGAUAAUGAAAUCCAUGAUACUGAUGAUUUUCUUGACAAUGAUAUUGUUGGAGAUACUGUUACUGAUGAAGUCUGUCUGCAUGAGAAUCAUCAGUUGGUUGCUGAGAACAUUAAAGUUGCACAUGUUGAAGGCCAAUACAAAAAUUUCUGGGAAAUUCCAAAUGUUCAUCAUGGUACAGUUACAUGUUUGAGCAGUAGAGAUGACAAAUACAAAAAGUUCAGGGAUAUUCCAGAUGUUCAUCAUGGUACAGUUACAAGUGUGAGCAGUGGAGAUGACAGAAUAGAUAUGGUUGAUAGUGAUGGGCAUCAGUUUUAUAUUGCUUUGGACCAUAGUUACCUUUAUCAGCCAAACAUUAAUUUGAUUGAAUUUGUACUUGAAAAAUCUAAAGAUAUGUUCGAUAUGCUUAAAAAAGACUGUCAGAAAAAUUUAAAUGAACAUGGCCCUUUUGAAUUGGUGAAAAGUUCAAAGUAUGUAAGGUAUGUUAAUUUGUAUGAUACAGAUAAUCCAACAGUCAAAACAUGCAUCACCAUUUAUGCCAAUUUUCAAGCUGAAAUAAUUGUUCAUGGAGUACUGUUACCAAAGAGUCAUGCCAUAUGGGACACACCUGGCCUACCAAUCAAGUUUCUAAGUACACAACAUGUACAGGAGCUGCUCGAAACCGCAUCAUGCUACCAAGUUUGCAUUGGAAACCCAGAUCCUGAUUUCAACAACAAUUUGCCCCUGGGUUGCUAUAGUAAUAAGCCUUCUUCAACCUGUGCAGGAUAUAGAGAAGAGGAUUUGGGUGCAUAUAAUAAAGACUUCCACUACAAGAGCUCCAUAAGGUCAUCUUACUGCUCUUUGCUGUCAAAAGUAGAAAGAUGUAAAAGUUGCCAAGUCUACCGUAGGUCUCUUAACAAAAGAAAAAGUCGUCUUAAGACAAAAGUUCCACCUGAAGAAAUAAAUUGGUUGUCAUAUACCAAGGGAAAUACAGUUAUGACAGAAAGUGAAAAAGUUACCAAAUUGAAACAACUUACAGCUCUUUUAACUGAUCUGAAGACAAAGAAUAAAAACUUAGAGAAGAAGUUACAAGUAAAAGAAAAAGAGAAAAAAUUACAAGUAAAUGAAAUAGAGAAGAAAUUACAAGUUAAUGAAACAGAGAAGAAAUUAAAAGUAAAUGAAACAGAGAAGAAAUUACAAGUAAAUGAAAUAGAGAAGAAAUUACAAGUUAAUGAAACAGAGAAGAAAUUACAAGUAAAUGCAACAGAGAAGAAAUUACAAGUAAAUGAAACAGAGAAGAAGUUACAAGUAAAUGAAACAGAGAAGAAAUUACAAGUAAAUGAAACAGAGAAGAAAUUACAAGUAAAUGAAAUAGAGAAGAAUUUACAAGUAAAUGAAGUAAGGAUUCAGAUAAUAAGGCCUAGUCAGCAUUGAUGAAAAACUAAACUAAGAAAUAGAAAGGCAGUUCCCAGAUGGCAGUAGCUACCAGCAACUUUUCUUGGAGCAGCAAAUGAAACAAACCUGAUUGUUAUAGACAAAAAGCUAUGAGAUGGCAGCCAAUGAUGAUAUAAUGGUGUCUUUAUCUAAAGAGCAAGUCGUCUUCAACUUCAGGCUUUGCUACACUCAGGCUUCAUCCACUUACUAAAUGACAGAUUGUUAUAUGACUACAGUCAGGUUAUUAAGUCAGGAGAAGGUUAGAAUUAACAUAUUAUGGAGGCAUUAGCAACCGAGAAGGUCCAAGAUUUAACAGAACAACCUUUCUUAGGAGAGGCAGCAGUAUGUAGGUAUCCUUCGUGAUGAUAUAAGAAUUAAAGAAGACCUAAAUGGAAUUUGAUGCUCUUGUCUUAUUAAUUCUACACUCACUAACUGCAGUAGAAAAAAAUGCCAUAAAAGAUGUGUGUAGUAAUUACAUUAUUUUGUAUUUAUAAGAAAAUUUCCAUUUGAAGAAAUCUUAUAAAUGUGCCCUUUACUGUUUUUAAAGCAAAGAUCAUCUUAAUAUC